AUGAUUCCUAAACUUUUGAUUGAUUCAGGACUGUAUGUGCGCAGUGUGACGUUUACGUUAACGGCGACAGGUCGUGCGAGUGGCGAAUGCUAUGUGGAACUAUUGAAUACGGAGGCGGUUGAAGAAGCGAGAAGGUUCGAUAAAAGAGAAAUGAGCAAUCGAUAUAUUGAAGUGUUCUCGGUGAGUGAAAGUGAAGUGACCUGGAUGCUUCGUCAUGGUGUCAUCAAGAAUGCUGAAAUGAAUGCGAGUGGAUUGGCG